AAAAAUGUCGCGGGGAAUGGUGAGUUUCGUGCGUAGGUUAUCGUCGUUUUAUAUCAGGCUGGCUGUCCGUCACCUGGAAAGAUAAUUAUCAGUAUUAUUAAUCGACCUAAUUUAAUUAGAUAAAAUUACAUGCAGUCCACCCCGUUUAUACUGUACAAGCGGUAACAGCACUGAACAUUCUUGCAGGGACGUUACAAUACUUUGUCAGAGUGGCCACGGUCAAUACACCAUAAGAUUAGAAGAGAGUUUUCCACUGUGUCAAAGGGCUUUGAUGAUAUUCACGGGUGGUGUUCCGGGAGUAGCUCGAUCUGUCUCACGUUGUCUGGGAAGCACGUAAAAGUGGAAGUCCGAGUCAAGUGACCGCCUCAAGCACGGCACACCCUCUGGACAAGCCUCAAUAACCAGGACAGUUCAGGCAUCAUACCGCGCCUUGUGGGAACAUAGUUUCGCAGACUUUGGUCUUCGAGUGCUGCAUACGCUGAAAGCGCUCUUUAACAACCGCGUUUCUGUAGGAAUACACAGGCAAAGAGAAGGCUGGAGCAAGAAGCCGGUGACCCCCUGGACCUUAAGGAUGGUGAUGGGGCUUCCAAAGCUGAGAAGCCAAUGGCCUCUCUGUCCCACACUGGAAGAACGACUCUCGCCCCCAGUCCCAUAGCACACAAGUCCUUGUAUUUGAAGUCGCGCAAUGACACCUCGCUUGGUAUAUUGACGCGGAAGUUUGCUGAUCUGCUGAAGCACUCCACUGAUGGGGUGUUGGACCUAAACUUAGUUGCCAAGGCGCUCAACGCUCCUAAGAGACGUGUCUACGAUGUCACCAAUGUCCUAGAAGGGAUCCAGCUCAUCAAAAAGAAGUAUAAAAACUGCAUCGAGUGGUUGGGUCGUCCUGUGAAUGAACAUGCAGAUCAAGAGCUAAGUGCUCUCAUUGAGGAGGAGAGGAAGCUGGAUGAGUUGAUUCAAACCUGUUUGUGGCAGGUUCAUGAGAUUUGUGCGAACCAGCAUAAUCAGAGAUUUGCCUAUUUGACUUAUGAUGAUAUCCAAAGGAUUCCCAGCUUGAAAGAGCAGACUGUGAUUGUGAUCAAAGCCCCUGCAGAGACAAAGCUGGAGGUGCCGCACCCAGAAGAGAGCUUCCAGGUCCACCUCAGUAGCACACAGGGGCCCAUUGAGGUGUUCCUGUGCUCUGAUGACCCCAUCCCGAUGGACGCCACAGACAGCUGUGCGGCAAGUGGCAGCCGCUUAAACUUGUCCACCAAAGAGAACGACUCUGCCCGCCCUUCGCCUCACUCAUCUUUCUGCCAGGGGUAUUCCAAAGAUAAUGCUAGCCAUACCUCUGGAAUCAGUAGUACUUCCAACACACUGGCCGAGCCGACACAACACUCAUCAGCAGCUACCACCACCCCUGUCUCACCCACUUCCACUUCCCCCCAAAUCUCCUCUGAAGAUCAACAGAGUUUUGUCACCCUGACUCCACCUCUGGCCUUUUCUCUUGAGGGGGACAAGUAUCUCCUGAGCCUGGCUGAGGAUGAGGGCAUCACUGACCUCUUCUCCUCUGCUGACCUGGACCAGUUGCCUCUCGAUGUGUCCGCCUGAACAGCUGUUUUGGACAAACAACAGCUUUGGAGGAUAUAUAUGUAUUUUAUAUAUGUAUAUAUAUAAUUUACAUUUGACAGUCCUGGCCGAUGUGACUGGGAUUUACUGACACUCAGGUAUGUCGGACAGGUACUUCCCCAAACACAACACAUUGGAGUGGUCUUGGAAUAGCUUUGUAUUUGGCUUCCUUUAUUAUCUUGAGUGCUUGGACUUGACUUGACCUGCAUGUUGUCAGACAAAACAGUUUGUUUCAGACUUUUAAUGUCUCUGUGGCCUUCUCAAGUGUCCUUCUCUAAAGUCUAUACACCGGGCUUAUUUUUGGAGCAGUUAUGUCACAACAUCUUGUAGUGAUAAUCUUGAAAGCCAUAGUGGAUAACAUUUUUGUAUCAUAAUAAUUUAGAUGCCUAGUUUGCAUUAAGAGGUUUUGAUUAAAGGCAUUAAAAAUAUAAA